GCCAUUUGUCCGCUCCAUACCCCUGGAUGACAUUCCACAGCCCAUGAAAAUCCCACCACCGCUUCCCAGCCACGAAAUCCUACCCCCGCGCAGUUCCAUCUCCGCAUCGAGUGAACAACGAGGAAGCUAGCAGAGGGACGUGGGAUUUUCACUCCUCGCGGUAACCAAUUCGUGUGGACGCCCCAGCUCCAUGUUAGCCACUCGUUCGCAGUUCGACGAUGGUACGGUCUCACUCUCAUCGCCCCUGUUGUCCCGCACGCCGAUGGUAGCGCCAUGGUGGGAGGUCUAGUGCUCCCCCAGCCGCAGCACCAGGCCGCCACGCCAAGAACCGCCGCCCCGGCGCCGGCGCUGGAGCAGGCGCCGUGCUGCGCCACGGUCUCGGCGCGGCCCGUGCGGGGCCUGGACGAGGUCAGGAAGGCGCACGCGAGGAACGUCAAGCUCGGCCUCGACCGCUCUCCGCCGCACCUGCGGCCGCUCCUCGCGGCGUGCGCGCUCGGGGAGUGGCCGGGCAGCAUGGAGUACGCGGCGGCCAUCUUCGCCACGCUCGACGAGCCGGAGGCGUUCGACUACAACACACUGAUGCGCGGCCACGUCGUCGGCGGCCGCGACCCCGCGGCCGCUCUGCGGCUGUACGUCGACAUGCUGAACGACGGCGUCGAGCCCGACGGCUACACGUUCCCGUUCGUCCUCAAGGCGUGCGCGCAGCUCGCGGCGUUGCGGCAAGGGAGGCAGCUGCAGGGACACGCCGUGAAGCUCGGGUUCCUCGAGCACGACGAGCACGCGCAGAACAGCCUCAUCAGCUUCUACGGCAAGUGCGGCGAGCCGGAGUUGGCGCGCCGGGCGUUCGAGCAGAUGGAGGCCGGGGAGAGAACGGCGGCGUCCUGGAGCGCGCUGCUCGCGGCGUACACGAAGGCCGGGCGGUGGGCUGAUUGCCUCGAGUCGUUCGGCGCGAUGGCGCGGGACGGGUGGAGGCCCGACGAGAGCUCCAUGGUGAGCGCGCUCUCGGCGUGCGCGCACCUGGGCGCCUACGACGUCGGCCGGAGCGUCCACUGCGCGCUGCUGAGGAAUACCAUGACGCUGAACACGUUCAUGGAGACGUCCCUGGUGGACAUGUACGCCAAGUGCGGCUGCAUCGAGAAGGCGACGGCGGUGUUCGACAGCAUGGACGGCAAGAAGAACGAGUGGACGUACAGCGCCAUGGUGUCCGGCUUGGCGUUGCACGGGGACGGGCGUAAGGCGCUGCAGGUGUUCGACGCGAUGAUCAGGGAGGGACACCAGCCCGACGAGGCCGUGUACGUCGGCGUGCUCAACGCGUGCAGCCGCUCGGGGCUGCUCGAGGAAGGCCUGCGGUGCUUCGACCGGAUGCGGCUUGAGCGCAAGGUGGCUCCCAACGCGCAGCACUACGGCUGCAUGGUGGACCUCAUGGCCCGCGCCGGGAGGCUGGACGAGGCGCGCGCGCUCAUCGGGAGCAUGCCCACGGGUCCCACGGACACGGCCUGGCGGAGCCUGCUCAACGCCUGCCGGAUCCACGGCGACAUCGAGCUCGCCGAGCGCGCGCUGCGGGAGCUGGCGCGCCUCGGCGGCGCCGUCAACGCCGGCGACUACAUAAUCCUCGCGGAUAUGCACGCCAGGGCCGAGAACUGGGACGAGGCGGCCGCGCUCCGGACGGAGGCGGUGGAAAGGGGCCUAGCGCAGGCGCCGGGGUUCAGCGCCGUGGAGGUGCACGGCGAGAUGCACCGGUUCACGUCGCAGGACCGGUCGCACCGCCGGACGGCCGACAUCUACGAGAUGCUCCACCAGAUGGAGUGGCAGCUCCGGUUCGAGGGCUACAAGCCAGACACGUCGGAGGUGGCGCUGGACGCGGACGACGAGGAGAAGCGGAGCGCCGUCGCCGCCCACAGCCAGAAGCUGGCCUUGGCGUUCGGGCUGCUCAGCACGCCGGAAGGCACUCCGGUGAGGGUCGUCACCAACCUUCGGAUGAGCAAGGAGUGCCACGCCUACAGCGCGCUGAUAUCGGAGAUCUUCGGGAGGGAGGUCGUCGUCAGGGACCGGAACCGUUUCCACCGGUUCCGGCGUGGCACCUGCAGCUGCGGGAACUAUUGGUAGCGCCAGGCAUUAGCUGUGAACUGUAUCAGAUUCAUAUGUGAUGGUGUAAAUAUGGGCAACUGAAUUUUCAUCCAAGCGUAUGCGAUUGAUUUAUUUGUUGUGAA